AUGUCGAACGGAAUGAGUCCUUCACUGCCCAAGACCCAGGUAGAAUGGCGUAAAGCGCUCGACGAGCUACCCUCCACUCCCAAUGACAUCCCGGCAUUUUUUUUCGGCCAUGGCUCGCCCAUGCUGGCGUUCCCCGAGUCGGGUGUCCAGGAAAGCAAUCCAAUACUGAGCCAUAUGGGACCCAAAGGCCCGCUUGCGACAUUCCUGAGAGAUUUUGGACCUGCCCUGAUGGAGAAAUACAAGCCCAAGGGUAUUGUUGUUUUCAGUGCUCAUUGGGAGACAGUGGGGGAACGUGCCGUCACUGAUUAUGGCGAUUUAAACCCUUUACUAAUGGAUUAUUUUGGUUUUCAACCUUCAAUGUAUGAAUUGAAGUUUAUUUCUCGAGGAGAUUCAGCGUUGUCCCAGCGAGUUGUACAAAUUUAUAAAGAGGCUGGCCAUCAAGCUCGCACGACCUCCGUGAAGGAGGCACGGGGGCAAGAUGGGAGAGGCUUCUCUGGACCUGGGCUUGACCAUGGGGUUUUCAUCCCAUUUAGACUCAUGUUUGGCAACGAGUUUUUGGACAUACCUAUUGUGCAAGUGUCAAUUGACGGGUCACUAAAUCCCGAAAAGAAUUGGGAAAUUGGUAAGGUGGUCGCUGCGCUGAGACAGGAAGGCAUUUUGGUGUUAUCGGGUGGUUUGAUGAUCCAUAACUUGCGUGAUUUGACAUGCUUUUCAGAGGGAACCGCAGGGCCGGCUUUUCGUGACUUUGACAAGGCGGUUCUUGAUGCCAUCGCUGUAAUGGACCCGGAGGCUAGAAAGGAAGCCUUGUACAAUCUCACACGCCAUGCAGGCUUCCGCGCGGCUCAUCCUCGCGCGGAACAUUUCGUUCCACUGUAUGUCGCUGCUGGCGCUGGAGGAGAAAGAGUGAAGGUGUUAUCCGCCAUUUAUGGCUCCCCUACUUUUGCGUUUGUGACAAUGGAACGUUCUGUAUUACCUCCUUCCCGCUCUGCUUCUCUACCCAUACCCCGCCCGAAGAUUGGAACAGUAGCUUUGAGCUUCGUCGCUCCAUCGUGCAAUUCAGGCUUCGUAGGCGGCCCCAUUACUCCUCCGCUAUCUCCUGGAAAUAGUGAAGACGGAGAACCAACAAUUGUUAUCGAUACGGAACUUCGCUACAGUCGUGAUAGUGAUACCUACGCUCAAGGCAGACCAGAUCGGACUGGCGGUCAAUAUAGUCAGGACGAGCUGGUAGAGAGAUCCGAACAAGCUAUGGAUGUUGAUCCAAGGCCGCCAUCAAGCUCUCCUAGACCUCCGUUGAGGCAUUUAGAAGACGAAGAGUGCCACCUUGAAAGGGGCACACUAAAGCUAACUGAUUUUGAAGUGAAGGGUACUCUAGGGACAGGUACUUUCGGACGGGUCCUUCUUGUACGGCCGCGCAACCCAUUAGCUCCCAACACACAAAACUGCUUCGCGCUGAAAAUUCUUCGCAAGAGCGAGAUUGUUCGGUUACGGCAGGUCGAACAUGUCAACGCAGAGCGUUACAUUCUGUCGCGCGUUUGCCAUCCCUUCGUUGUUGAUCUUUACGCGACAUUCCAGGAUAGCCUCAACAUUUAUAUGCUGCUAUCUUAUGUUCCUGGCGGGGAGCUUUUCACGCACUUGCGCAGAGCGCGGCGCUUCACCCCAGACGUCACCCGGUUCUAUCUUGCAACAAUCAUUCUCGCACUGAAAUACCUUCAUUCAUUCAACAUUAUCUACCGAGACCUGAAGCCGGAAAAUCUGCUGCUCGAUUCCCGAGGCUACCUCCGCUUGACGGACUUUGGGUUCGCAAAAAUCGUGGACGACCGUACUUGGACAUUGUGUGGGACACCGGAAUACUUGGCUCCCGAGAUCAUACAGUCAGACGGGCAUGGAAAAGCUGCCGAUUGGUGGGCUUGUGGAAUUCUUUGUUAUGAGAUGGUAGUUGGGUAUCCCCCCUUCUUCGAUGAAACGGCAUAUGGGAUAUAUGAAAAGAUUCUCAAAGGCAAAAUUCGAUGGCCUUCGGAGAUCGACCCAUUGACAAAAGACAUAAUUCAGGCAUUCCUGCAUCCAGACCGUUCCAAGCGGCUGGGAAAUCUCAUCGGUGGCCCGCAAGAUGUCCUGGAACAUCCGUGGUUCCGUGGUGUUGAUUGGGAUGCAUUGGAGCGGCGAGAAAUUAGGGCCCCUAUAAUUCCUCAUGUUACCUCACUGGAUGAUACUCGCCACUUCUCGCACCUGCCGCUUCCUCCGGCGGCAGAGAUUCCUGGGUUAAUCAAAGAGGAGGAGCCGCCUGCUCUUCAGCAACGGUUCGACCCUACUGCAUAUCAAUUCAUGGAAUUCUAA